UUUACAGACAGGUGAGAAUGAAAUAAAGAAGAUGAAAGAUGAGGAAAUCAAUAUGACAAAAGACACGGGUUCUUCUAUUUUGUUAAAUAGUUUAAGUGAUUUAUUAAGUAAGAUGAUUAAUGACUUAUUUACACACACGCACAAAUGCUUUAACCUUAAAGAAUCUUCUUCUUCACCUGAUGAACCUGCGAAAAAGACGAUUAACAAGCGUGAACAGUCGUACUUAUUACAAUUAAUCGAAAAAUACUUAGAAGAAUUAUAUCCUUUGUUUAAUAAUCUAAGGAAGAUAGAUGUCGCGAAUGAAAAUACUAUGCAAGAAUUCUCUUCUCUGCUUAAACCAAUAAAGACGUUGAACAUGAAUGAAAGUGCUUUAAGUACACUAGCUACUCUAGCAACUACUAUCAAGGCAUCUUCUUCUUUGCCUGAUGCAAUAACAAAAGAAUCAAAUAUUUCAAAUCAAGCCGCUAUUGAUGACGAGGAAGCUUUGUGUCACAGGGAAGAUUCAAAUACCUCAAAUCAAACUGAUGACAAGAAAUCUUCUUCGUUAAACAAGGAAUCUUCUGAUGGUGGAGGUGAUAACAAGGAAUCUUUUUCGUCUAAAAACGAUUCAAAUACCUCAAAUCAAACUGAUGACAAGGAACCUUCUUCGUUAAACAAGGAAUCUUCUGAUGGUGGAGGUGAUAACAAGGAAUCUUCUUCGUCUAAAAACGAUACACAAGUGAUAGAUAUUGUUCCCAAUACUAAAUUUUCCAUGAUUUCUCUACACGAGGCAUUUUCUAUAAUGAAGAAAGCAAUUGAUUUCAAUAUAAGCGAAAGACUAUAUGACAUAAUAAAUAUAAAUGACGCUUAUGGCAGAAUAGUGUGCCAAUCCAUACAUUCCGAUUGUAAUGUGCCAGCAUUUAGAGUUUCCACUAAACAUGGAUUCGCAGUAUUGGCAAGUGACGGUGUAGGCAUAAGGACAGUAUUGGAUAAGACUACAAAUACUCCAGUAUCUCUCCAACCUGGGACAUGUGUGUGGGUGAAAAGCGGAGAGCGUAUUCCCGAAGAAGCGACAGCGGUUGUGCCAGUCAAGGAUGCGCAACAAAUAAUAAAAAAUAAGGAUAAGAAUAAAUUAAUAAUGAUAAAGAUUAAGCCGGAAUACGAACAAAAUAUUAAGAACAUUGGUAGCGAUAUACAAAUAGAUGAACCGAUUAUACAUUCAUUUACGCGUAUCGGUUCAGCCGAAUUAGGACUUUUGACAGCUGUAGGUUAUAAAGAAGUUAUGGUUUCAACACGUGUAAUCGUAGGUAUAUUGUCAAUUGGAGAUUUAUUGGAAGAACCUGGCAAUUCUUUAACAGAUGGAUACGUCUACGAUAGCAACAGAAUAAGCAUAAUCGGGCUACUAAAAGAUAAAGGUUUCGAUUCGUUAUUAGAUUGCGGAAUUGUGGCUGAUAAUACGCUACUUAUAAUUAUGAAAAUCAAAGAAGUUUUAGAGAAAGUGGACGUACUUGUAACAAUAGGUUGUGCGAGCAAUAAUGAUCGAUUGAAGACAAUUUUUACGGUUUACUUCAAUGCCAAUAUACAUUUUGGACACAUAAAUAUAAAACCGGGGAAGUCGACAACGUUCGGGACGUUCAAGUGGAAGAACGUAACCAAGUAUUUCUUAUGCCUGUCGAAAAAUCCAGUGACCACUCUCAUUACCGCGCAUCUAUAUCUUAUACCUCUUUUGAACGGAUUGCACCGCAACUGGAAGACUCCGGAACAAAUACCAGUUAAGAUACACACGCGAUAUGUCUUGCACGAGCGUCCUAGAGUCAUAUGGACGACUUUAAAGUGGAAUGAAAAGGACAUUGCGACCGCUUUCAGCAAGGAAAAUCUCGAGAUAAAUAGGCCACAUAACAAUCAACCUUCUAAUGCACUCAUAGUAUUACCGCAGAAAGAAAUAGAUUUCAAGGUGAUGCCUCGGUCGUUUGUGAACGCGUUUGCAUUAAAUAUUUCCAGUUAGUAGGCAUUUAUAAUUAAUUCUUCUAAUAUUAUCAACAUGAUAUUAUUACAUUUUAUGAUAUAACAAUUGUGUACAUUAUUACAUACACAUACUCGAUUACACAUAUAUUAUGUUUGUACAAUUUGAAUAAAGCAAUUUUCAUUCAAU